AGCAGUCCUAUAAGUGGGCGCGCAAGAGAUCAAACGGAGGGAAUGCCGGCCUGUGCGAGCAGAGAAGAAGCUGAUGAUGAUGAAGAAGACUACGGUAAGAGUGGAUAAUAACGAGCUCUGUAGCAGCUGGGUGGUGGAUAUGGAGAAACUGCUACCAGGCACCGGCCCGUCAGAGGAGGCGGCACGAUGGGGCAAGCCGUCCAUCUACCGGGUGCCGGAGCAUCUCAAGAGCUUUACCAACAAAAGUGCCUACAUGCCGUGCCUGGUUUCCCUGGGCCCCUUCCACCACGGUAAGCCUGAGCUGCUUCCCAUGGAGGAGCACAAACGCCGGGCGGUGCUGCACCUGGUCAAGCGCUCCGCCGGCAAGUCGCUCCGCGACUUCGUCGAUGCGGUCGAGGAGAUGGCGGAUCAGCUGCUGGAAGCCUACCAUGGCCUCGAUGAGAAAUGGCGUGGGGCGAGCAGAGGUCGCUUCGUCGAGAUGAUGGUCAUGGAUGGGUGCUUCUUGCUAGAGCUCAUGUCGGAGAAUGGAAGGCAGGGGGACUAUGCGCCCAAUGAUCCCAUCUUCAGCGACCACGGUAACCAUGUUUUGUGGCCGGGCUUCCGGUCCGACAUGAUCGUGAUGGAAAACCAGUUGCCUCUGAUCGUUCUACAAAGGCUUUUAGCCGUGCAGCUUGGAACUACUCCGAGUGCUGCGGACAUCAACGAAAUGGUAGUGCGUUAUCUGCACUAUUUCUCGUGCGAUGAAGGUCCUGCCAAUGAUGAAUAUCUUGGCAAGCUAGGCCUCCAUCCGUUCGAAAUUUUACAUAGAACCCUAUGUGGCCCCCGUGCACACCACGAAGACCGUCCGGAUUCAGACUCGUCCGUGUACGUGGAUCCCAUAUGCAUGCCAUCUGCCGUGGAGCUCAGCGAGGCAGGGAUCCAUUUCAAGAAAUGCACUCACUUCAUCAAUGACAUUGACUUCAAAAAUGGCGUGCUGAGCAUGCCAGUAAUCGAGGCCUACGGGGACACGGAGAAACUCUAUCUGAAUCUGCUCGCCUUCGAGCAGGUUCACCCAGACAUAGGGUACCAAGUGCUGUCCUACGUAGCCUUCGUGGUCAAUCUGAUUAAAUCGGAAAGAGAUGUCGCGCUGCUCAGGUCCAAAGAGCUCAUCAAGAACUUUUGGGGCAGCGACGACAAGGAGUUGGCAGAGAUGUUAAACACCGUGGGCAAGGCAUCACUGAUGCACCCGUCCACCAAGCUGAUCGUCGUGCAAAAGAAUGUGAACACCCACUGCGCCAAACACUGGAACGCCCACUACGCCAAACACUUGAACAAGUGGGGAGCCAACUUCGUGCAUAGCUACAUGAGCAACCCAUGGGUGUUCAUCUCGCUCGUUGCCGCCGUCAUCCUACUCAUGGCCACCUUGCUGCAAACUGUCUACACUGUCCUCCCCUUUUACAAGAGUUAGCAGUAAGCAUGUGGCUAUGCGUGACUGUAUCUAUAUUGCACCCGUGGACUAGUAUUGUUUUUUCAUUCCAUUAUUUAUCGAGCAUAGUCAUUGUCUAAAGGUACACUGUAAUUUUUAUUCAGUUAUGACAAAUUUUGGUACCCAUUACUCUGUAUAUAUGCCUUUU